AGGAUCUGACGUGGGCUCGAUACCUUUCUCAGCUUCUCCCUCCCUCAGCUCCAGUGCCCGAGCUUCGGCUCUCCCAGUUCCCCAACCCACCCUUUCCCUUCCCCGACAAGCCCCGCUAGAGCCCAGUGGGGACCCCCCCCAAUCUUCGACCCCACCCUAGGCCCCCAGAAGCUGACUUCCUCCUCCUCAGUCCCCCUGCCUGGGGUCCAGGCAGCCCGGUGGACCCAGGCGCCUGAGCAGGAGGGUAACCCAGGCCACCCGGCCCCUUCGGCCCUCUCGGCCCCACCCCCUGCAGCCGGAGCCGCGCCCCCUCUACCACAGAGCCUGGAGCCGAGGACAGAGGAGACUGAGCAAAGGAGGGUGGGCUCCAGGCGACCCCUGCCCAAUUCGGCCCCUCCAUCCCAAGGGGCAGAGAAAUUGUCUUUCUUUGCUGACUCCUACCGAGGGGUGGGGGGGAAGAUUUAAAGGGAAAGAUAAAAGGAGACGGAGGAAAGGUGGCAGCCAGAUUACUUAGAGAGGCACAGAGGAGAGAGAUCGGGGUGAGUCGUCAUGGGGACUCCCAGGGUCCAGCACCCGCCGCCUCCCCAGCUGCUGUUCCUAAUUCUGCUGAGCUGUCCCUGGAUCCAGGGUCUGCCCCUGAAGGAGGAGGAGAUAUUGCCAGAGCCUGGAAGUGAGACCCCCACGGUGGCCUCCGAGGCCCUGGCUGAACUGCUCCAUGGGGCCCUGCUGAGGAGGGGACCAGAGAUGGGCUACCUGCCGGGAUCUGAACUGGACCCCACACUAGCCACCCCUCCGGCUGGCCAGACUCUCGCGGUGCCCUCCCUGCCACGGGCCACUGAGCCAGGGACAGGGCCUCUGACAACAGCAGUCACCCCUAAGGGAGUCAGGGGGGCCGGCCCCACCGCACCAGAGCUGCUGACCCCACCCCCAGGAACCACAGCCCCGCCCCCACCCAGCCCUGCCUCCCCAGGACCUCCCCUUGGGCCUGUGGGAGGAGAGGAGGAGACCACGACCACCAUCAUCACCACGACAACUGUUACCACUACAGUGACCAGCCCAGUUCUGUGUAAUAACAACAUCUCCGAGGGCGAAGGGUAUGUGGAGUCUCCAGAUCUGGGGAGCCCUGCCAGCCGCACCCUGGGACUCCUCGACUGCACUUACAGCAUCCAUGUCUAUCCUGGCUACGGCAUUGAGAUCCAGGUGCAGACACUGAACCUGUCGCAGGAGGAGGAGCUCCUGGUGCUAGCUGGUGGGGGAUCCCCAGGCCUGGCCCCCCGACUCCUGGCCAACUCGUCCAUGCUUGGAGAAGGGCAAGUUCUUCGGAGCCCAACCAACCGGCUGCUUCUGCAUUUCCAGAGCCCACGGGUCCCAAGGGGCGGUGGCUUCAGGAUCCACUAUCAGGCCUACCUCCUGAGCUGUGGCUUCCCUCCCCGGCCGGCCCAUGGGGAUGUGAGUGUGACGGACCUGCACCCUGGGGGCACUGCCACCUUUCACUGUGAUUCGGGCUACCAGCUGCAGGGAGAGGAGACCCUCAUCUGCCUCAAUGGCACCCGCCCAUCCUGGAAUGGUGAAACCCCCAGCUGCAUGGCAUCCUGUGGUGGCACCAUCCACAAUGCCACACUGGGCCGAAUCGUGUCCCCAGAGCCUGGGGGAGCUGCAGGGCCCAACCUUACCUGCCGUUGGGUCAUUGAAGCAGCUGAGGGGCGCCGGCUGCACCUGCACUUUGAGAGGGUCUCGCUGGAUGAGGACAAUGACCGGCUGAUGGUGCGCUCAGGGGGCAGCCCCCUAUCCCCCGUGAUCUAUGAUUCAGACAUGGACGAUGUCCCCGAGCGGGGUCUCAUCAGUGAUGCCCAGUCCCUCUAUGUGGAGCUGCUAUCAGAGACACCUGCCAAUCCUCUGCUGUUAAGCCUCCGAUUUGAAGCCUUUGAGGAGGAUCGCUGCUUCGCCCCCUUCCUGGCACAUGGAAACGUCACUACCACAGAUCCUGAGUUUCGUCCAGGGGCACUGGCAACCUUCUCGUGCCUCCCAGGAUAUGCCCUAGAGCCCCCUGGGCCCCCCAAUGCCAUCGAAUGUGUGGAUCCCACCGAACCUCACUGGAACGACACAGAGCCAGCCUGCAAAGCCAUGUGUGGAGGGGAGCUGUCGGAGCCAGCUGGCGUGGUCCUCUCUCCCGACUGGCCCCAGAGCUAUAGCCCAGGCCAGGACUGCGUGUGGGGCCUGCACGUCCAGGAAGAGAAGCGCAUCUUGCUCCAAGUUGAGAUCUUGAAUGUGCGGGAAGGGGACAUGCUGACUCUGUUCGACGGGGACGGUCCCAGCGCCAGAGUCUUGGCCCAGCUGCGGGGACCUCAACCGCGCCGCCGCCUCCUCUCCUCUGGGCCCGACCUCACACUGCAGUUUCAGGCACCUCCCGGGCCCCCAAAUCCAGGCCUGGGCCAGGGCUUCGUAUUGCACUUCAAAGAGGUACCGAGGAACGACACGUGCCCUGAGCUGCCACCUCCGGAGUGGGGCUGGAGGACGGCGUCCCACGGGGACCUGAUCCGGGGCACUGUGCUCACCUACCAGUGCGAGCCUGGCUACGAGCUGCUGGGCUCCGACAUUCUCACCUGCCAGUGGGACCUGUCCUGGAGCUCCGCGCCGCCCGCCUGCCAAAAGAUCAUGACUUGCGCCGACCCUGGCGAGAUCACCAACGGGCACCGCACCGCCUCGGACGCAGGCUUCCCUGUUGGUUCCCAUGUACAGUACCGCUGCCUGCCAGGGUACAGCCUCGAGGGGGCAGCCAUGCUCACCUGCUACAGCCGGGACACGGGCACACCCAAGUGGAGCGACCGAGUCCCCAAAUGCGCCUUGAAGUACGAGCCGUGCCUGAACCCAGGGGUUCCCGAGAAUGGCUACCAGACGCUGUACAAGCACCACUACCAGGCGGGCGAGUCUCUGCGCUUCUUCUGCUAUGAGGGCUUUGAGCUUAUCGGCGAGGUCACCAUCACCUGUGUGCCCGGCCACCCCUCCCAGUGGACCAGCCAGCCCCCACUCUGCAAAGUUGCCUAUGAGGAGCUCCUGGACAACCGAAAACUGGAAGUGACCCAGACCACGGACCCGUCUCGGCAGCUGGAGGGGGGGAACCUGGCCCUGGCCAUCCUGCUGCCCCUAGGCUUGGUCAUUGUCCUCGGCAGUGGCGUUUACAUCUACUACACCAAGCUUCAGGGAAAGUCCCUUUUCGGCUUCUCGGGUUCCCACUCCUACAGCCCCAUCACCGUGGAGUCGGACUUCAGCAACCCGCUGUAUGAAGCCGGGGAUACUCGGGAAUAUGAAGUUUCCAUCUGAACCCCAAGACUACAGCUGCAGGACCCAGGACGCCCCUCCCCUCCUCAUUCGGGGCAGGGAGAAGUAUGGGACCGGUCUCUGCCUCCUGGCUGCCCUCCUCCCUGGCUGUGUAAAUAGUCUCCCCGUCCCACGAGGGGGCUUUGAUGGCCCUGGAGAUCCUACAGUAAAUAAACCAGCAUCCUGCCGCCCAAAGCCGCCUCUUCUCAGUUGCCAAAUGAGGGGCCUGCCCCCGACCCUACUGGCUUUUGGAUCCUGGGAGGGGAACUCUGCCCCCCUGCAAAUCUUGCGGCCCCUCUUGCCCAGGGCACCCCUCAGUGACUGCCCCCGAUAGCUCAACUGUUCCUUUGGCCAUGAAGGCCCCCCAACUCCCCUAUGCCCUGUCCCUGGGCCUGACUCCGGCUAGGAGGGUCAGAAGAAGGCUGAAGGGGAGAGCCGGGACAAGGCCCUGCUCCCUUCCUGCCAUCUCCCCGCCCCACAGUCUCUCUACCUUUGCUUCUGAAUUCUUGUUUUUGAGCAAUAAACAGAAAAUCACCACUUGUAA